AUUCGAAGACGGCUCGGGGAACACGGUUGCCGAGCUCGUGCGGGCGGAGGAUCGUAAAGAAGAGAAUUGCAGGAUAAUCGCUGUGAUAUCACAUCGUUAUCAGCAGCUUGUAUUGACUGAAUUUGAAAAAGCCGGAGCUAUGGCGAUGCGGGACCUUGUUACUGGUUCAACCUCUUGCCCUGAUCCAUCUUCUUCUUCCUCUGCUUCUAAUCCCCUUGGAGGUUUGGCCACCGCUCUUUUAGGCACUUCCUCUAAGACACAGGAGAGGCUCAAGGAGAUUCCUGCAACUACUCCUACGAACUCUGGCCUUCAAUUUUACUCAGAGGCUCGUCAAAAUUUGAAUGAGCUUCCGGGAUUGGAAUCUGAUAAACCGUUUGCGGAUGGUAGCUCUCAGGGCUCACAGUUUUUCCAUAGUUUCCGGUCAGCUGAUCGGGCAGGCUUCGAGGAUACGUGGAAUGAGAUACAGCAUCUUCAUGGGCCUCCGGCUCAAGGUAGAGUCGGUCAGUUCCCAAUUUCUGAACAGGACAUCUUCAACGAUAAAGUAGAUUAUGUUCCGCGACUAUUGGAUGGGACACCACAGAGGGUUUUAUCCAGCUUUUUGCACUCCUUUCUUGACAGUGGCCGUGGUGGAAUCCCUUUUCAUCCUUCUCCUCUUCCAUUAUUGGGUUUGUCUGAAGGUGAUAAACAAUGCAUACGUGACCGUAGCAGUAUAAUGGCCAGGCAUCUUUUUGCAGAUAAAAGUGAAGAAUUCAUUAAUGCCCAAUUAAAUGCACUCCUAUGCUCGUUGGAUAUUGAAACUAACACUCAUGAUAAGGGACAUGGGCCUGGAAGAUUUCGGGAACUUGAGGACUAUUGGAAUGAGUCCCAAGGUAACUUGCAACCUGCUGCUCAUGUGGCAGAUGGAUGGAUUAAUGAAUUUCAUCAACAGAGGGAAAUUCAUGCUAAUCCUGAUGCUUGGGCUCGUUCUUUCGAGCAACAACAUGGCGUGAAUGGCUGGGUCUCCGAAUUUGAGCAAUCUCAAUUGUCGUCUGCAGGUCAGAUGGGAGGUGCAAAUUUUCCAAACUUAGCGGCAAUGGAACAGACUCGUUUACUUGCAAGUACACUGGCACAAAAUAAUGACCCUAAAUUUCAGAAUUCAAAGUUUCUUCAGUUUGUGUCAAAGAUGAGCCGCGGUGAACUAAUUAUCGAUGAGAAUCAAGUGAAAGAGACUGCAUUACCUGCGUCUGGUGAUUGGGCUGCGGAGUACCAACAACGUUUUGACAAUCGACAUACUUGGGCUGAUGAAUUUUUAAAUAAUAAGGUUUCAAAUGUACCUGAACAGUGGGCAGAUGAGUUUACAACAAACGAGAAGCACAUAUCAACUGAUGAUCAGUGGGUAAAUGAAUUCUCCAAGUUGCACGUUAAUGAUUGGGCAGAAGAAUUUGGAGCGCAGGUUGCUAAAGGAGUGUUUGGAGAGAAUUCUGCUGAUGAAUGGGCACAGGCAUAUGAUGAGUACAUAAAUGAGCAGGUUGCUGUUAGGCAACGGCCAGAUAAUUCAAGGGGCGUCUAUGUCUUUUCAGAUUUGAAUCCUUAUGUUGGCCACCCUAGUCCAUUUAAAGAAGGACAAGAUCUAUUCAGGAAAGGACUUUUAAGUGAAGCAGUGCUUGCUUUGGAAGCUGAAGUCUUGAAAAACUCUGAGAAUGUACAAGCAUGGAGAUUGCUUGGUGUUGCUCAUGCUGAAAAUGAUGAUGAUCAACAGGCUAUUGCGGCAAUGAUGCGUGCACAGGAAGCUGAUCCAACAAAUCUCGAAGUUCUUCUUGCUCUUGGUGUUAGUCAUACAAAUGAGCUGGAGCAAGCUGAAGCUUUAAAAUUUCUAUAUGGGUGGCUAUGUAACCACCCAAAGUAUAGAACACUUGCACCACCAGAGCAUCCAGAUUCUUUGUUUUAUAAUGAUGUUGCCAGAUUAUUCAAUGAAGCUGCUGUAAUUGCACCUGAUGAUGCUGAUAUUCACAUAGUUCUCGGGGUCUUAUACAACUUAACUAGGGAUUAUGACAAAGCCAUUCAAUCAUUCCAAAGAGCAUUGAAACUUAAGCCACAGGAUUACUCUCUCUGGAACAAGCUUGGUGCAACUCAAGCAAACAGCGUUCAAAGUGCUGAUGCUAUAAUGGCUUAUCAACAGGCUUUAGAUUUGAAGCCUAAUUAUGUUCGAGCAUGGGCAAAUAUGGGAAUCAGUUAUGCAAACCAGGGCUUGUAUGAUGAGUCCAUUAGGUAUUAUGUUCGAGCACUCGCUAUGAAUCCUAAAGCUGAUAAUGCAUGGCAAUAUCUAAGAAUCUCUCUGAGUUGUGCUUCCAGGAAUGACAUGCUGGAAGCUUGUGAUUCACGAAACCUUGACCUUCUCCAGAAAGAGUUUCCACUACAGUAAAUUUUGCUCCGAACGAUUUUACUUUUCAACUACAGAGAGAUCUCCGAGAAUGUUGCACAAUCACAGUGACUGCACCUACAAUACUAGAUGCUGGACACAAUCCUUUAUUCUUGGAACAUCGGAUGAGAUCUGAAUCCAGUUAAGUAUGUGGAUCCAUGAAGUAAUCCAGUGUAGUAACACAAA